UAUGAAAAUGGAAUUAUCCGUCCGAAGAAGAGGAAGUUAGAUGAAGGGGAAUUAUUGAGGAAGAGAAAGAAGAUGAUUGGUAAAUUUAAUGCCAAAAAUCUAGAAAAGAAAGACUCCGAUCCAGAAAUGGAUAAAGUGGUGAAUGGUUGUGAUAAUAAAGGUGAUAUUGCACUUAAUGACCAGAGUAUAGCUGCCAGCAUAGAAGCUGUGAUCAGCAAAGCCAGGGAAGAGGCUGUAGACAAAAGAAGUGACACCCAAGAGUCGGCAUCAGGAUCAGAUUCAAGUUCCUCUGAUAGUGAUUCUUCAGGAAGUUCUUCGUCCAGUGAUAGUGAUUCGGACGAUGAUGAUGACAAUGAUGAGAAAGAAGAAGAUAAUGAAGGUGAAGGUGAAGAAGAAGCAGAAGGGCAAGACAUUGAAAACGGUCAACAUGAUGGUGACAGCGAUGAUAUACCCCUUCCUAAUAAUCUUCCUCCAGACUUAAUACAGUAUCGUCAUUAA